AGCAGCAGCAGAUGCCUCCCCCCUCACACAAGCCAGCCUCAGUCCUCCUCACACUCACUGCUCCUGACUGCUGCCCCAGCCCCACUGGAGGAGAAGGGGCCACAGCUGACAUGUCCCAGAGGAGGACCUCCCUGCCAUGCAUCCCCCGGGAGCAGCUCCUGAGCCAUCCGGAAUGGGAUCACAAGCGCGGCUCCAGGGGGUCACAGUCGUCUGGUACCAGCAUCACUGUAGACAUUGCUGUCAUGGGGGAAGCCCACGGCCUCAUCACAGAUUUACUAGCGGACGCCUCGUUACCCCCCCACGUCUGCACCUCAUUACGGGCCGUCAGCAACCUGCUAAGCACCCAGCUAAGCUUCCAGCCCAUCCACAAGCCGAGAGGCAACCCUCUGGUCACCUUCAACGAGAACUACGUCUGCUCUGAUUCAGAGGAAGGGUCCGAAAAAGGCGACAAGAUGACCAUACCGAAGCGGUUACGGAGGAGUCUGCCAUCAGGACUGUUGCGGAGGGUCUCUUCCACGUGGACCACAACCACAUCGGCCACCGGUUUACCAACUCUAGAACCAGCACCGGUGAGAAGAGACCGCAGCGGCAGUAUUAAACCCACUGACACAACCUCCUCCAGCACUAGCAGCUCCGACACCUGGAACAACUCUCUACUGGGGAACAUCAGCAAGAGCCGCUCAUUCUCUACGCCAUUUGUCAUAGCCAAUGCUAAUCACCUUAAUUCAAAGAGAAGGCAAGGUAUUCCUCCCAGCAUUUCUCCACUUACCUCCCCGUGCCAUUCUCCCAUUCACGGGACACCAGCCCCCAGCCCCACAAUAAAAUCCCUCCCUGUACAGUUCACAGACUCUACUGAGGGGAGCAGACUGAACCCACAUAAAGCCUUAACAUGUACGAAGAGUGCGCCAGAGAUCCCUGAGCCGCUCCACGAAGCCCCCGUUGUCUGUAGCAGCUGCGGGAGGCCGUACAGCCAGAAUAAUCCAGCCGUCAGGACGCCGGACACCGAUGUCACGCACUCCCAGAACAGAGCAGACGAUCCGGCUCACACCACGUCAGACUAUGACAGUAUGCACGAGACCAACAACAGCGACAGCAGCGACAUUGUACAGAAUGAUGACGACGCAGAGGGAGAGGUGACGCAGUCCAGGAAAGGAUCUGUGUGCAGGACGUAUCGGCCGGACAACAUCGAACUCCAUACGUUAAUAGCAACAACCGAGGAGAAACCGAUUCUGGCUCCAGAGCCGCUAAUAAUGGACAAUCUAGAGAAGCACAUGGGAGAGGUCAACAAUUGGAACUUCCCCAUAUUUGAUGUUGUAGAGAUAACGGGGCAGUCAUGUGGCAGAAUCCUCAGCCAGAUGACUUACAGACUCUUUGAUGACAUGAAUCUUCUGCAGACGUUUAAGAUCCCGUUGAAGGAAUUCAUGAACUAUUUCCAUGCACUGGAGAAUGGAUACAGAGAUAUUCCCUAUCACAACCGGAUUCACGCUACGGAUGUGCUGCAUGCGGUCUGGUACCUGAGCACACAGGCCAUCCCGGGGCUCUGCAAUGUGGUGACUGAUCAGGGAUCAGCCAGUGACUCCGACUCUGAUAGCGGGAUCACACACACACACGUGGGUUAUGUAUUUUCCAAGACUUACAGUCCCUCAGAAGACUCUUAUGGAUGCUUGUCCGGCAAUAUUCCAUCUCUAGAACUCAUGGCUCUGUACGUAGCGGCUGCCAUGCACGAUUACGACCAUCCGGGACGCACUAACGCGUUUCUGGUCGCUACGAGCGCACCUCAGGCAGUGCUGUACAAUGACCGCUCGGUCCUGGAGAACCACCACGCUGCCGCCGCCUGGAACCUGCUGCUUUCAAGGCCGGAAUACAAUUUCUUGGUCAACUUAGAUCACAUGGAGUUCAAAAGGUUUCGCUUCCUUGUGAUUGAGGCCAUUCUAGCCACCGACCUUAAGAAGCACUUUGAUUUCCUGGCAGAAUUCAAUGCAAAGGUGAAUGAGGACGUGGGUCCUGGAAUCAACUGGUCCAACGAGAAUGACCGAUUGCUGGUCUGUCAGAUGUGCAUAAAACUGGCCGACAUCAACGGGCCCGCCAAAUGUAAGGACUUGCACUUAAAGUGGACGGAAGGAAUCGUCAAUGAGUUCUAUGAGCAGGGCGAUGAAGAAGCCAGUCUCGGCCUCCCAAUCAGCCCCUUCAUGGACCGAUCAGCCCCUCAGUUAGCAAAACUUCAAGAAUCAUUUAUAACUCACAUUGUGGGACCACUAUGUAAUUCCUACGACUCAGCGGGACUGAUGCCCGGGAAAUGGAUAGAUGGCGACGACGAUUCCGGUGAUACGGACGAGCAGGACGAAGACACCGACACUACAGAGGAGGAAACGUCCGAACCCUCUGAAAUCUUAACAAGUAUGUCCUCUCAGAUCUUCUGUUGUUUCAAAGAUGCCUUGUGGGGGAUAUAUUCAGGGAAGGAAAAGAAAAAGUGUAAAAGAAAAAUCUACUGUCAGAUAACCCAUCACCUGCUGGAGAACCACAAGAUGUGGAAGAAAGUGAUGGAGGACGAGCAGCGGUCGGAGGUGGUAGACAAGGAGCCGUCCGCCCUACACCAAACCUCAGAACAAAUCCAGGCCAUCAGGGAGGAGGAGGAGGCGAGUCCCAAACAGGAAACCUCAGACGGAGAGAAGGACGAAUGAGCAGGUGGAGGAGGUUCCGCUUCGCUCCUCUCGCCACCAGCACAAAGCUUAGACACAACACUGUAGAAGAUGCAGCAAGAGGGACGAUCUCCUGCCUCUGUCUGUUAUUGUGUUUUUCUAUAUACAGCGACCUCUAAUGCUCACAGAGACAUCUGCCCCCCGCGCCGCAUCUAGAGACUUGGCCAAUGGGGCUGUAGCAGGACGGGCACAGCCGCACGUUGAGGAAAUAUAUAAUAUAUUUAAUAGCUAUUUACCUAUAUGCAUCAUGGGAAACACACGCCUGUCUACGGCUGUGUGGAGAUAUAUAUAUAUAUAUAUAUAUAUAUAUAUAUACACGGUGACUGUGAACAAAAUGACACGCACACAUAUUGUGAAAGGGAAACUGUCACUUAUUUUGGUUAUCGUGAACCCUCCCCGUCUCCGGGAGGUCCCAUAGGUUACCUAAUUGUCCUGAGGCAGGUGACGCCCUGUGGGUGGAGUCUGGAACCAUCUCGUCUGCCUUUGCGGAGUCCGUUCUUCAACAUGGCGGAGCGAUAUGUAAGGACUCAGCAUAUCUACCAUUAUACGCACUGUUGUACUAAGUGUUCCUCAGAAACGCCUUGUGGCGGCCAUUUGAAAAAAAACGUAUAACCUGUUUUUAGAAGCUCGGCAUCGCAAAAAAAAAAUCUAUAAAAUUCAGAUGCCCGUUAUUACAGUGACAAAAAGUAAAUUUAUCUUCUGCCAUAUUUCUGUGAUUGAAUGCCUCCCUAAUGACAUGUAACGUCGGGGGCAGUAUAAAGCCCCACACUCAGGGCGGCAGACUGUACGCACUCUGCAGAUAGACGCUGUCCGGCUGCCGCUGUCUGCAGUACAGGGCUCUCCUGUGUGAUACAUGUAGGUUUGGAUAGACUGACAAUAUUUGUCUUUUAUAGCCUGUAAUGCACUAACAAUAAAUCAUUACAUUGAUUCGACACCACAAUGGCCAGCCGUGCAGCUGCGGGUGAAAUAGGUAAUCGUUCCCCUGUACAUGAAAGGUACUGAUUGGCCGGUGGAUGUAUAGUUCCGGACAGAGCCGGCCCUAACCAACAUGAUGCCCUAGGCAAGAUUUUGGCUGGAGCCCCCUAGCACCGCUGCUAGUUCUGCAGGAGAUGCCUGGCAUGAGUCAGCUGGCAGCUCUGCUAACAUUGAGCACCUUUUGUUUAUGAAAAUGCCUCUUAUUUGCAUUACUAUGUGGCUAGGAUACACAAGCAGCUUCUGCUGAUUAAAAUGAUAUGCAGCAUGCCUGUAUUCUGUGUGUGACU